AUGACCAGAAUAUUUCAUUAUUUUUGUGAAAAAUGGAUCCCAUGUUUGUUGUAUAAUGUAUUAUACAUUGUACAAUUACAGUAAAUAUUAAUCCGUGGGUACUGGUUGCCCCUUUUUACUUUGUUGUUUAUCAGUGUACUGCACUGUUUACAAUCUGAUUAACCCAGCUCCACGCACUCAGUUAAGAUCUGUUACCCAAACAAUUAUCAGAAUUGGUAAAUUGGCGAGACUGUUGCACAGCCUUGGGAAGUUCUCGGGUUCUGUGCAAAAGCCUCUGUACAAUAGAGGACUCACACAUGUCCUCUACUUGUACAUGCUAAUCUCCUCCACCAUCAACAACAGCGAGAUAAACAACUGCAAGUAAUAUUAUCUUGUUGUAUGAACUGUGCUAAAAUAAAUGUUCAAUAGUGUAACAUGUCAUUUAAUUAUCAUCACAUAGCCAAACCAAAUGCACUGAUAGUUUGGCAGAUCUAACUCGUCUUUUUGUAUAAUAACCUCUUGGUAGUUUAUACUACAAUUCUGAUAAUUUUUUUCCCAUGUGAUGAUAUUAAGUGCCUAUUUACACUAGCAUUUAAAGGGAUUGUUCAAGAAACACCCUAAAAAUAGCUACAAUUUAAAGGGAUUGUUCAAGAAACACCCUAGUUUGCUGUAUAAACUAAAGGGACUCGUCAACGCGAGAUAGCUAUAUAGACUUAAAGGGACUGUUCCAGAAACGCCUUAUCUUGCCCUGAUACUAAAGGGACUGUGCUUUAUAACCUUCCAACUGUAUAUUGAAGGGAUUCAACACUAAAGGGAUUGUUCACAACUUCCUUUAAUCUUUAAAAUGCUCUUUUAUUCUGCAAUAUAAUUUCUAGCUCAUUAUUGCAAAGAUACAUUGCAGGAAUUGAUUUGUAUGCUGUAUUCAUUGAUAAUUGUCCAGUUGUAUGGAAAUUAAUCAAUCUAGUUUAGAUGCAAUGUACAUCCAAGCUCACUAUUUGCAAGGAUACAUUGCAUAUUAAUUGAUGCUGUAUUGAGCAGUAUUUGUAUUGAAAUUAUACCAUUUAUAUGGCAAAUUAAUUACAAUAGUUCUUAUACAAUGUAUGUCCAAGCUCAUUAUUGCAAGGUUAAAUUGUAAAUAUAAAUGCAUCAUUUGAGCACCGUUUAUGUUUUCCAACUACAUGGAAACUUCUUAUCUAUGUGCUCUUAACCAUAUGUGAUCAUGUCUAGUAUGAGAACUCGAUCACAAGGUUUAUCUACAGCUAGUUCUGAUGGUGUUCUAAUUCCAGUUCCUACUCCAAGAACAAGACUUCCAAGUAGUUCUGAUGGUGCUCUGGAUCCAAUUCCUACUUUGAGAAGAAAAAUUCCAAGUAGUUCUGAUAGUGCUCUGGAUCGAAUUCUCAUUCUGAGAAGAAGAAUGUCAAAUAGUUCUGAUGGUGCUCUAGCUCCGAUUCCUACUCUGAGAAGAAAAAUUCCAAGUAGUUCUGAUAGUGCUCUGGAUCGAAUUCUCACUCUGAGAAGAAGAAUGUCAAAUAGUUCUGAUGGUGCUCUAGCUCCGAUUCCUAAUCUGAGAAGAAAAAUUCCAAGUAGUUCUGAUAGUGCUCUGGAUCCAAUUCCUACUUUGAGAAGAAGGAUUCCAACUAAUUCUAAUAGUGCUCUGGAUCGAUUUCUUACUCUAAGAAGAAGAAUUUCAACUAGUUCUGAUGGUGCUCUGGCUCCAAUUCCUACUCUGAGAAGAAAAAUGUGA